CGAUCUGGCAGCGCUCUUGGGCCUUGUCCCUGCCAUUUGCCCCAGGAGAUCACCGAGUCGGAUGUGUUGUGUUGCAGCCAAGGUGGGGCUGAAGCACUGAAGCCUCAACGCCAGGAUCGACCGCCUGCAUUUCAAACUCAGAGGCUGAGCAACCUGAACAAGAUCUGUCCCGCCAGUCGUGAACCGUGCCUCAGGCCGUGCCCAAAGCCGGAAAUCAACCCACCAUGAUGCGAUCGGCAGCCGCGCCCAGAUCUCCGACGAGUGGGGCCAAUGAAGCCAAUACGCAGCGGACCCUUGGUCCAACGAGCCAAUCCUCACGGGUUGUGCCUGAUAGCAUGACCAAUGACGACGAUCACCAGUGUGCCAGUGAGCGUAUCAACGCCAAAGCCGCCCCCAAGACCCGUGUCCGUCGCGAUGCCAGGAUCAACACCAAGUCCCAAACAAACAGCAUGAACCAGGCCUCAGCCGCGAGUAGCAAGAGCCAAGACAUGGUCGGCCCCCGGGGCGAGUCCGCGAGAAGCAAACCGCAGUCCCGGCGCGCGCGUGCGCAGGCCGACGUGAGCGCCAACGCCAGUGCCAGCACCAACACCAACACUAACCGAAAUGUUGGCGGCAGCACCGGCGCCAGCCGCAGCAUCCAGACACGUGCGCGCAAACCCAUCGAUAUCAAAAAACCGCUUCGCGAUGUCGUUCGCAUGAUCAUGCAGGACCCCCAGGGUGCAUACACUCAAACUAAGAACUUGCUGAAAAAAGUUGGGUGUAAAACCCUUGUUGCGUUUGUUAUCCAGCUGGUGGCAGACCACCAGCGCGAGAGCAGCGACAGCAGCGUCCAAAGUCAUCAAAGCAAAAGCCCCUGGUGGACCAUGGUGCUGAAUGCCUUGAUGCCGAUGUUGCCUCAAGAUUUGAAGCGACCGAUUCUUGCACUCUUCACUUGUGUGAAUGAGGUCUUGAGCACGCUGUCUCCCCUACAACUCGGCGGUGUGGGUGUCCUCGUGGUCUCCGUUGCCUUGACUGUCUAUGAAUACCGUCACAAGAUUGACUGGAGUUUACUCCUUGAAGUCGUCCAGCCCGUGUUGGCGAGUCAAUUCGCGUUGAAGCCCAGUGACAUGGCAAACUUGUGGGAUUUCGCGUUGAAGCACAGCGACACGGUCAGCUGGACUCUACGUGCCGUGCAAACCUUCUUGUUCACGGGUUCCUUGGUACCAGCGACCUUCCAGCUGGCAUCAACAUGA